AUGGUGGGAAAGCAAGCCAGACAGAAGCCGUUGGUCUUCGCCGCCCUCUUGCCCACCUUCAUCGCCCUCUCCGCCGCCGGAGACACGUUGGUCCCCGGCCAACGCUUGGAAGAUGGCAAUUCCCUAGUCUCCUCCGAUGGGAGCUUCAAGCUGGGAUUCUUCACGCCCGGGAAGUCGAAGUUCAGGUACCUGGGUAUCUGGUACAACCAGAUCUCCCUCCAGACAGUGGUCUGGGUGGCCAACCGUGAUAGACCCCUGCCGGACAAUACGGGCGUCCUCUCCAUCUCCAUCGACGGCAACCUCUCCCUCUCCGACUCAAAGGGGAUGGUCUACUGGUCGACGUCGACGAGACUUGCCGGGCCGGUUGCCAAGCUUCGGGACGACGCCAACUUCGCCGUGCAAGGCGCCGGCGAAGAUGGAUACGCCUGGCAGAGUUUUGACAACCCCACGGACGCCUUCCUCCCCGGAAUGAAGUUGUGGGUCAACCGCAGUACCGGGUUUACAAGAAACUUCACUUCAUGGAAGUCCGACGACGACCCUGGGACCGGGGACUGCACCUUUUUCUUGGACUCUAAUGGGGAUCCGCAGAUCAUCUUUGUCCACGGUUCCGACCGGGUGUGGAGGUCGGGGCCGUGGGUAGGAGGAAGAUUCAGCGGCAUCCCGGAGAUGAGGAGCUACGUCGAGUUCAACUUCUCCUUCGUCUCAAACGCCGACGAAGCCUACUACAAUUUCAGCACCCGGAAUAAAUCUCUCGUGUCAAGGAUGGUGGCGAAGCCCGAAGGUCUGAUACAACGGCUGGUCUGGGAAGAGGCCAAGCGCAAUUGGAAUGUCUACUGGUCCGGGCCCAGGGACCGCUGCGACAACUUUGGUUUCUGCGGGAUCUUUGGCGUCUGCGACGCCAAUAAGUUUCCGCUGUGCAGCUGCCUUCAAGGUUUCGAACCCAAGUCGCCGGAAAGCUGGCAGCUGAGGGACGGGAGGGACGGUUGCAGGCGGAGGACGGCGGUGGACUGCCAAAAUGGCACCGACGGAUUCCUCUUGUUGGCUAACUCGAAGCUUCCCGACACCUCGGGGGUGAUGGUGAACGAGAUGGCGACGGAGGAGUGCAGGGAGGCGUGCCUGAGGAAUUGCUCCUGCACGGCCUACGCCAUGAAGGAGAUGAUGAACGGCGGCAGGAGCAGCUGCAUACUGUGGAGUGGCGUUUUGGCGGACCUCCGGGUCUACGACGAUGGCGGGCAGGACCUGUUUGUCCGUCUCGCACGUGCCGAUAUAGGUACGACCGGAGAAAAGUACCUUCAGAUUGGGUGGAACUCGUCUUCUAGGUCUGAUGGGGUUGGGGACUCGCCAACAGCCUCCAGCCAUUGUUUCAAUGAGUUUCCGACCGUCAUCAGCGGGGAUAAACGGAGGUCCACUCGCGCUGUUUAUUUAAUUAAUUAUGGUAGAGCUUUGUCUCUCUGUGCAGGUUUGCCGCCGGGUAAGGCGAACAGAAGACGGGUAGUGGCGGCAGUGUCGGCGACGACGGCGGCGGUCCUGGUGGGGAUACUUCUACUUGGGCUGGUGGUCGGAUUUGUCCGGCGGCGGAGGAAGAGUAGUAAUACAGGUUAG